UGCUGGGGAUGCCGGCGCGGCCCCUCACGAUGCCGCUCCGCAGGCUCCUGCCCCUUUGUCUGCUCUGCCUCCAGGCUGCGCUCCCGCUCCGCGGCCACCGCGGCCGCUACGCCGGUGAUAAAGUCAUACGAGUUGUUCCUGAGAAUGAGAGGGAAACGCAGAUCCUGAGGGCUGCAUUCAACAGGCUUAAGGUGGACUUGUGGCAGCCCAGCAGCCCCUUCCACAUCGUCCAAGGCGCAGUGGCUGACGUGCGAGUACCGCAGAACACGACGCGGAGCCUGCUGCCCUUCCUCCAGCAAGCAAACAUCCAGUACACGAUUCUCAUAUCAGACCUACAGCAAGCAAUAGAAAACCAAACUGGAGGGAGGUCCCAUAGGAAUCGAAGGUCCCUCCCUGGGUAUAACUAUGAAGUAUACCACUCCCUGGAAGAGAUCGAGGACUGGAUGCAUUAUCUGAAUAGAACUUAUUCAGAUCUUGUUCACAUGUUCUCUGUUGGAAAAUCCUAUGAAGGGAGACCACUGUAUGUACUCAAGUUAGGUAAAAGAUCACGGCCCUACAAGAAAGCUGUCUGGAUAGACUGUGGGAUUCAUGCAAGAGAGUGGAUUGGCCCAGCCUUUUGCCAGUGGUUCGUGAAAGAAGCUCUUCAGACAUACCAGACUGAUCCUGACAUGAGAAAGAUGCUAACUCAGCUGUAUUUCUAUAUUAUGCCUGUAUUUAACGUGGAUGGAUAUCAUUUCAGCUGGACAAAUGAUCGAUUUUGGAGAAAAACAAGAUCAAAGAACAUGAGGUUUCACUGUCAUGGUGUUGAUGCUAAUCGCAACUGGAAAGUGAAAUGGUGUGAUGAAGGUGCUUCACUACACCCAUGUGAUGACACUUACUGUGGUCCUUUUCCCGAGUCUGAGCCUGAAGUAAAGGCUGUUGCUCAUUUUCUUCGCAAACACCGGAAACAAAUAAAAGCCUAUUUGUCCUUCCAUGCCUAUGCACAGAUGCUGCUGUACCCUUACUCCUACAAAUAUGCAACCAUUCCCAACUUCAACUGCGUGGAAUCAGCAGCCUAUAAUGCUGUUAAUGCUCUUCAGUCAGCCUAUGGUGUAAGAUACAGAUACGGCCCUGCAUCCAGCACUUUGUAUGUGAGUUCUGGCAGCUCUAUGGACUGGGCUUACAAAAAUGGCAUCCCAUAUGCAUUUGCAUUCGAGCUGCGUGACACUGGCCAUUUUGGAUUUCUGCUUCCCGAAAUGCUGAUCAAACCAACCUGCACAGAGACCAUGCUUGCAGUUAAAAAUAUUACUCUUCACUUGCUGAAGAAAUGUCAUUGAGAUGGAUUUCUGUGAGCUGGAAGGAAACAUUUUACUCCUAGUGCUGAUGCCUUUCAGUGUAUUCAGUUGCCAUCCUAAGUAUGGCCACUUCAGAAUUCAGAAGCUAAUGGGAAAUGUGAUAUUGUUUCUGCCAAAUUAACUUAGUGGAAAAUGGG